AUGCAAUCGAUAUUUAAUUGUUAUAACAAAAUCCCGUUUCGAGCAAUGGCUUCAGCUGCAAAGAAAAUAAAGCUUUCAAAGCCCUCCACAAGUGCCGAGAAAAUUACUUUACAAGAUUUUAUGGAUAGUAUUCACAAAAAGCGGGAAAAUACGGCGAAGUCAGUUUUAGAAUAUAAAUUUAACAAAAAACGAGUAAGAAUAAUUUCUCAGGAGCAAAUGGUAUCUGAUAAAUGUAAAGGCAUCGUUUAUUGGAUGUCCAGAGAUAGUAGGGUCCAAGAUAAUUGGGCAUUUUUAUUUGCACAGAAAUUGGCUCUCAAGAACGAAGUACCGCUUCACGUUUGUUUUUGUCUUAUUGCUAAAUAUUUAGAUGCAUCUGUCCGACAAUUUCACUUUUUAAUUAAAGGAUUGGAAAAAGUUGCAGCUGACUGCAAAAAGUUAAAUAUACAGUUCCACUUGUUGGAAGGUAGUGGAGCUGAUGCACUACCAGAAUGGGUUGUAAAACAUAAAAUUGGUGCUGUGGUUUGUGAUUUCAAUCCAUUGAGAGUGCCAAUGGGCUGGUUGGAUGGUGUUAAGAAGAAACUAAAGAAAGAUGUUCCUCUUAUACAGGUAGACACACAUAACAUAGUGCCAUGCUGGGUUGCAUCCGAUAAGCAAGAGUAUUCUGCUAGAACUAUAAGGAAUAAAAUCAACUCUAAACUUGAUGAAUAUCUCACCGAGUUUCCACCAGUAAUAAAGCAUCCUUACACAAGUGAAUUUGAAGCAGAGCCAAUAGACUGGGAUGAUGCAAUAGAAUCUCGAGAAGCAGACAAAUCAGUUGGGCCUAUAGAAUGGGCUGGUCCCGGUUAUGAUGAAGCUGUCAAAACAUUGAAAAGCUUCCUAGAUACACGGCUUAAAAUAUUUGCCAGCAAACGCAAUGACCCCACACAAGAAGCUUUGAGCAAUUUAUCCCCUUGGUUUCACUUUGGUCAAAUAUCAGUUCAGAGAGUAGCAUUAUGUGUACAAGAAUACAAAUCUAAAUACACGGAGAGUGUCAACGCUUUUCUUGAAGAGGCAAUUGUUAGACGAGAAUUGGCAGAUAAUUUCUGUUUUUAUUGUGAACACUAUGACAGCAUAAAGGGUGCUAGCAAUUGGGCUCAAAAGACAUUAGAUGACCACAGAAAAGACAAAAGGUCGCAUAUAUAUACAUUAGAAAAGUUAUGUAAAGGAGAAACGCAUGACGAUUUAUGGAAUUCGGCUCAAAUACAAUUGGUUAGAGAAGGAAAGUUGCACGGGUUCCUUCGAAUGUACUGGGCUAAGAAGAUUCUAGAGUGGACUUCAAGCCCCGAAGAAGCCCUGAAGUACGCCAUAUAUAUGAAUGAUCAUUUCAGUGUCGAUGGAAGAGAUUCCAGUGGAUAUGUUGGUUGUAUGUGGUCUAUUUGCGGUAUUCACGACCAAGGCUGGGCGGAAAGAGCUGUGUUCGGCAAAAUAAGAUAUAUGAACUACGAUGGCUGCAAAAGGAAAUUUGAUAUUCGAGCUUUUAUAGCGCGCUAUGGUGGGAAGGUACACAAAUAUGUACCCAGCAAAUAA